AUGCCUCGCUCUUUCGCAGAACCCUCGCCCCCUUCCCCGCCGUUCCCCUCCUCCAACGACUCCCUGAAGCGCGCGCAAUCCCGCUUUACAUUCAGGCAUUUGAAUCUCCUCCGAACAGCGUCCCCUGCCUCCCCUCUCCGCGUAAUCGCCCACAUCGACCUCGAUGCCUUCUAUGCACAAUGCGAGAUGGUGCGGCUGGGAACGCCGCGCGAGACGCCGCUCGCCGUGCAGCAGUGGGACUCGCUGAUUGCGAUCAAUUAUCCGGCACGCGCGUUCGGGAUCACACGCAUGAUCAGCGCGAGGGAGGCAAAGGCCAAGUGCGCGGAUAUUGUCCUGCAGCAUGUCGCGACCUUCCGAGAGGGCGAGGGCGGCAAGUGGGCGUAUCGAGCGGAUGCGUGGAAGAGUAUCGGUACCGACAAGGUCUGCCUUGAUCCGUACCGUGCGGAAUCACGGAAGAUCUUGAAGACGGUUAAGGAGGAGCUGGCUAGGUGGUAUACGGAUCUUAGUGGGGGCUUGUCGGGAUUGGGACUGGGCAGUCAGGGCAAGAUACAGGAAGCGUUCGUUGAGAAAGCGAGUGUCGACGAGGUCUUUAUUGACCUUUCGACCCUGGUCUUCGGUGUUUUGCUCCAGCGGUAUCCUGAGCUACGGGAGAAGCCGCACGGCGAUGAUAAGGUUGCACCGCUGCCUUGCCCGCCGACGACUGCGCUGGACUGGAACGCAGAGGACUGUUUGGUUGACCUAGACGAGAACGAGACCGAGGUUGACAACCCCGACUGGGACGACAUCGCCAUGCUCAUCGGGGCCGAGAUCGUCCGAGCCGUCAGAACAGCUGUCUGGGAUACCCUAAGCUACACCUGCUCCGCUGGCAUCGCCAAAAACAAAAUGAUGGCAAAGUUAGGCAGCGCGACGAACAAGCCCAACAAGCAAACUAUUGUGCGCACGAGAGCGAUCCAGAAUUUCCUCGGCGGCUUCAAGUUCACCAAAAUCCGCAUGCUUGGCGGCAAACUUGGCGACCAGGUCACUGCACUGUUUGGAACAGAGCAAGUCAGCGACCUACUGAACGUAUCUCUCGAACAAUUCCGCGCCAAGUUGAACGAUGAAACGGCAAUAUGGCUGUACGGGAUCAUUCGCGGCGAAGAUAAGACCGAAGUCAACCCCAGAACCCAAAUCAAGUCCAUGCUCUCUGCAAAAUCGUUCAGGCCGAGUAUAAAUACUUUCGACCAAGCAGACAAAUGGCUGCGUAUUUUUGCGGCAGAUAUAUACGGCCGCCUCGUGGAAGAAGGUGUCCUCGAGCACAAACGCCGCCCCAAAACAGCCGCAUUGCACCAUAGACAAGGCGCACAGGUGAAAUCCCGACAGUUGCCAAUCCCGGGGUCUGCUACUAUCGAUGAAGACUUGCUCUUUGAUCUUGGGAAGACACUACUCCGACAGAUCGCUGCUGAUGGGGCUGCGUGGCCGUGUUCGAAUAUCUCGUUGAGCGUUGGUGGCUUUGAAGAAGGGGUGUCUCGGAACCGGGCAAUUGACAGCUAUAGCUUUCUAUUACGUGGCGACCAGGCGAAAAAUGCGGCGUCGUUGGCUUCAACUCGGAUUCACGCCAUGGAUGAGGUACCGAUGGAGCAACAGUCUAUCGAGAAGCGGAGAAAGACCGAAGAUAGUGGGCUGAAACGUUUCUUCAACAAGCCGAAUGGCUCGGGCAUGGAAAAAUACGUAGCUGUUGAUACAUCGGAUGUCAACAUUAACGAUGCACAGAUGACGGAUAACAUUUCGCCCACGGCCCAAGUAGCGGCAGCAUCCCCCAACACCUUCAAAUGCCCGCGUUGUGGAAAGGGCAUUCCAAUUCAUGAACAACAGGAACACCAGGAUUUUCACUUUGCGAAGGAUCUUGAGUUGGAAGAUAGGCAAGCCUCCAGAAGCUCCCAAGCAGCUCAGUUGCCGAACCCUCGAAAGCCUUCUCGCGGUGGGCGCGGAGGCAAAUCAGAAAAGCAGACGCGACUUACGUUUGGAUGA